AUGUCUGGCUAUCCGGCCUUGAAUUUUCUCACCAAGUUGGUUCAAACACUCACGGAUGCCCUUGCGCGCCACAUCCAAGGCUACCAAGAGAUGGCCGCAGCAGGUUUUUCAGUGUAUGACCUUUGGCAGGCUGGGUGCCCGCUGGUUACAUUGAAACUCUUUGGCUUUCGCGUUCAGCAGUUUCGAGAAUCAGGAUUCGAUUUGAUAUUGAUCAGAGAUGCUGGAUUCAGCAAAAUGGACAUGAUCUACGGAGGCUACUCCAAGGACGAGGUGCUUGCAGCCUUUGCCAGUUUUCAAAAUCCACUGGCACAGUAG